CGUGGUAUGACAGUUCGUGGUAGGUGUGCCUUCCGACCGGGAGCCACCCCCUUGCUGAAUCAUUGUGGAGCGAUGGCCGGACAGCUCGUCUGCUCGGGGAGCAAAAUAUUCCCCCGUGGAGCAUGAGGUGAUGGCGAGGCGAGAAGAAAGUUGCUGAAAAGUGCCUUUCCUGAAGCCACCGCUGCUUGGAUUUCUGUCUAGGGCUGCCUCUCUCUUCCCCCUUUGCCCCCCUUUCUUUUUAAUUUGGCGUUGCUUGCAGUUCAUACCCUGACGGCAACUCAUCCAUCCUCUUCCUUUUUUUUUUUUUUUUUUUUUGCUCCCCAUUUACACACAGUUUGCUCAGCCAUUUUUCUUCCCCGAGUAUGUAGCAAAUAUUUUAAAAAAGGAAAAAAAAAAUCUAACAUCCUUCUGCUUGUUUUGAUGCUCGUGAACCGUAAUUUUUAGAAGCAAGAAAAAGAAGGAAAAAAAAAGUUUUCCCCCUAAGGACCGAGACCAUUCCACAAACUGAAGUGCUGCCAGCAGCAUAUGCUUUUUGCAAGAAUAAUUGAAACCAUUAACUGGAGAGCACAGAAUUCUUUUGAAAGUCUGCCAGUUAUUUUCAAGUAACUUAGGCAGUGGCACAAAAUAUAACACUUAUAUUUUAACUUCUACAAUUGCACUUUUAGGAGCUGGCCUCUAAUUUGAUUUUCAGUUAUUCUGAUAAGAUUUCUAUUUUAUGAUUGGCUUUAUGUUUAAUUCUUGUUUAAACAAACACGAUUUGACUUAAAUGAAAACCUAAGUGCUGAUGAAUAGGAGUUCUACCAAAGCAACAAGUUAGUUAUUUCUUCACAUUUAACUUGAAUUCACUUUUUUACCCUUUUUUUAAAAAAAAAGAAAAAAAGAUCAGCAGUAAAUAUUGCCCUAAAGAAGGGUGUGAUUGCUUGCAUUUUAAUUUUUGUUUUUAAUAUGGCUGUAAACGUUUCCCUGGUUCGUGAUACAAAAUGGCUGACAUUAGAAGUGUGUCGAGAGUUUCAGAGAGGUACUUGUUCUCGGUCUGAUGCAGAGUGCAAGUUCGCCCACCCGUCACGGAGUUGCCAUGUGGAAAAUGGUCGAGUUAUUGCCUGCUUUGACUCCCUAAAGGGCCGGUGUACCCGAGAGAACUGCAAAUAUCUCCACCCUCCCCCACACUUAAAAACGCAACUCGAAAUAAAUGGACGCAACAACCUGAUCCAGCAAAAGACAGCCGCAGCCAUGUUUGCUCAGCAAAUGCAGUUCAUGCUACCGGGCGCGCAGCUACAGCCAAUUACAACGUUUCCUGUGACUCCAUCGCUUGCAACAAGCCCCACGAUGGCUUUUAGUCCCUACCUGAGUCAUGUCUCUCCUGGGAUGGGCUUAGUUCCUGCAGAGCUUUUACCAAAUACUCCUGUCCUGGUUUCUGGAAAUCCUACUGUUACAGUACCAGGAGGCUCUGCUGGGCAGAAACUGAUGCGUACGGAUAAACUGGAGGUUUGUCGAGAGUUUCAGCGUGGAAAUUGCACACGUGGUGAGAAUGAUUGCCGUUAUGCUCACCCUAUAGAUAUUGCAAUGAUAGACACAAAUGAAAAUACUGUUACAGUUUGCAUGGAUUACAUCAAAGGUCGAUGCUCUAGGGAGAAAUGCAAGUACUUUCAUCCCCCUGCACACCUGCAAGCCAAAAUCAAGGCAGCUCAACACCAGGUGAACCAGACAGCUGCAGCUGCAAUGGCCCUGCCGCCUGGUGCACUUCAACCUUUACCAAAGAGGCCAGCACUUGAAAAAAACAAUGGUGCCACCACAGUCUUUAACCCAAGCGUUUUCCACUACCAACAGGCUCUAGCCAACAUGCAGUUGCAACAGCCUACGUUCAUCCCUACAGGGUCAGUUCUGUGCAUGACACCCACUGCAAGCGUUGUGCCCAUGAUGCACGGUGCUACGCCCACCACUGUGUCUGCAGCAACAACUCCUGCCACCAGCGUCCCCUUCGCUGCAACAGCUACCGCCAAUCAGAUAUCCCAGUUAUCAGUAGAUGAACUGAGUAGCAGCAUGUUUGUUUCACAGAUGUAGAAGUUCCCGAUAGAACACAGACCAUGUUGAAAUUCUGAACCGUAAAAUUAUGGAGCACCAGGACUUCUUGGUGGGAAGCUGCGCAUGGCCUUUCUGUAUAUAUUCCCUCUUCCCUUCUAUCGUUCUCUACCACCUCUACAGUAAGCCUGUUGCAGCCUACAUGUUAACCAAAAACUGAUCAAUGGGAAUGUCAAAAAAAAAAAAGGAAAAAAAGAAAAAAAAAGAAAAAAAAAGCACUAUAGAAACAAUUAACAAACAGCGCUCUGUUAUAUGAGAUAUACAAGUAGAAAAUUAUAAUAGACUUUUAUAACACAUUACUUUAACACACUUAAUCAUUUUAUGACUACCAUCCUGAUAAGUGCAUCUGCACAGCGGACUGUUGGUUUACUGUAUACUAUCGAUGGAUAAAUGUUUGUCUUGUUUUUAAAGUGUUAUCUUACUGUUUUGUUUACAUCAUAGUCUAUUGAUUUGUUUUAAAGUGUACAUCAUUAUCAAGUAUACUCAAUACCAUUUUUUCAUUAUUGUUAUGUCUUAAGUUUUCAUAUACUGUAGGUUUUAUGGGGUUUUGUUUGUUUUUUACUAAAAAUGUUAUUGUGGGAAACAGGAAUUAUGUGCUUGAAAAACACGACGCAGGAAUGUUCUGCCCUUUUCUGGAUUUUGCAGUUAAUGUCAGCUAGAGUUGCUUGUGUUAAAUGCUCCUUUUAUCAUGGAAAAUUUGCCUUCAAGCAGAGUCUCCAAAUUUUUAGUACAAACAAUAUAAAAGGACAGCUGUCAUUUUAGUCCAGUUCAGGGUAUUUCUUUAAAUACAGUGAGCUUAUUUUGGAAACUGAAGAAAAAAGAAAAACACAAAAACCCAAUCUCAGUAAGGGGAUAAGAAAGAUUUGCUCAGAUUAUGGUAAGCAUCAAGGAAUUUCUGCAGUUCUGUUGUACGUUGAAGUGCAUUCUCAGCUGCAAACGGCGCACAAUCUUUCUUGCUGUUUUCAUGGUGCAGUGAAAAAAAACAACAUGUGGAUAAGUAAGAUGGCUUCAGUUGGGCAAAGAUGCAUUUGCAUUGGAGAGAAACAAAUGCCAACUGUUAGCUAUAAAACAUGUAGCUGGAGCAGGCCCAUAAUCAUGACAUAGCCCAAGCUGGGUAAUACCAUGAAGACUGGGCUUGUUUUCUCUAGGCAUGCUGAAACAUUUCCACCUGAAAUCCUCUGUGGCUCUUUGAAAUUUUGUCAGCAUGCACCAAUUCUUUAAUCACCAUUGUUCAUGAUUCGGUGACUUUUCCCAAGAUCUCUGGCCCUUUAAAGCAAACACAGCAGUAACAAACCAGAAAAAAAAAAUCAAAGCAUAAGCUUUCUACCAUACAUAAACAUUCUUUUUAAUGGGGUUCUUGUAGGUCAGUGGAUGUAUUUUGGCACCUUCAACUUGAUCAAGACCAACGUUUGUCACAACCAAGGGCUAGUUUUCAAUACCUCCUCAUCAAGCGCAUGAAUAAAACAGCUUCCAGCUGAGCAUGCUGGGCAGCACAGCCUGGUGUCGUGCUGCCUUGCUGAACAAUCUGGCUACACAGAAUGCAUUUUAGUUCAACAAUGCAGCUAUAUUCAUCCCUGUCAUAGCUGUGUAGUAUCACUGGCAUUAUGGAAGAAAUGGAUUUGCUCCUGUAAAUCCACGAACUCCAUAAAUGUAUCAAGUGCUAGGAGAAAGACAGUCAUUAUUAAAUACAAGCAAGAGACAAAUUCCUAGUGUCCUGCCUCCCUGAAUUCACAGUGGUCUUGUAGAGUGCCAAACUCUGACAAACAGGUUAUAUUUUCUUUUCCAAGUUCCUUGGCCUUGGUUAGAGAAUUUCCUUGCCCCCCUCUCCUCCAGUAGGGGCACAGAUACAUUGAUAGACACGUACCUACAUGGACCACAAGUGAUAAAGGGCCGUGUGGAGCACAACAGGUUUGUCACUGAUGAGGCUCUGAUCAGCUGCUUGUGGCAAUUUAUUCAUGGCAAGAACCUUUGAAGAGUCCAGCUCAAAAAGGCCUUGAGCCAGAAGGGAUCUUUCUAUUCAUUUCAGCAGGCUUUGAACCAAACCCUGAAAGAGGGGAAAAAAACACACACCCCUAACCCUUAAUCAUGAACCUCGUGUUUUGACAGUCACUUGUGUCUGUAGAUGUUUCCCAGUCAUCACCAUUCAAAAGCAAGAUGGUGUUGCCUGAAAUUAGUGACUCUCAUUUAUAUUGGCUACCACAUACCUGUUCUUUUAACCACUGAGUUUCUGUUUCCCAAAACCAUAACAUUGUUAGUGGAAAAAGUGGAUUUGAGUACUUCCUGUUUGAAAUUAUUUGUGUAUCAAAAUGGGUUUUGCACAACCUGUGCCAGUGCCUCAACAAAGAACAGAGCUGAUCUUCUUAAGCCAGAAAGGAUGCAUUCAAGCUUGUAUGGCUUUAUGAGUUAAAGGAGGUUGGAACUUUUUCAGUGCUAAAUGGAUUUUUGUAUAUCUUGACACUUUGAUGUAACCUCCUAUUUUAUUUAUCUACUUAAACAUCUGGCAUAGAUGUGCAUAGAAUGUAAACCUAGAAUACAGCUGUUUUCACGUCACAUUUAAAGCACUGAAAAAAAAACGUUUAAGGAUUAUUUUUUAUUAAAGAGGUCCAAUGAGGGAUGUUCAGGGUAGUUAUAUUAGGUGCCACAACAGUUUUUAUAUUGCUGGCAAAUUUAGAGUUAAUUUGUAAAUGAGUUUAAGGAAAGAAAAGCUUGAAGCACUAAACUUCACCAAAUUCAAAACAAUCUCGGCAAAAAAUGCCAUUUUGAGGUAGCACUAUUUAAACUAGUUGUGCAAUGACUUGCUCUAAUUUUCUUUGUUCAAGAAAGAAAAAAAAACAGUCGACAGACUAUAAAUUUCCUAAAUAGACUAUUACAAAGUCACCAAGCUAGUUAGUGACUCUAAACAAAUGUCAUAAAAGCAUGAAUAUCAUCCUUUAUUUGACAAGAGAUGUAUGUAAGUUUGUUUAAAUCAAUAUAAUUUUAGUGACAUUUUUAUAAGCUUCCCACUUUCCAUGAACCUAUAUUUUUUAUUUAUCCAAAGUUAUUUCUCUUUGUCCAUUUCUCUCAGCCUUAUGCAAACAAUAUGCAAGAAAUGCUGAAACUUGGAUAAAACGGGUCAUGCAGAGGGAAAAUGAAAGCUGAGAUUGAUCAUUUUCACGAAAAGGUUGUUAGUAGUUUCAAUAAUAAGUACUACUACUAAACUGUAACAUAAGCAGACAAUAAAAGAGGGAUUUAAAAUAAAAUGGAUUCAUAAAACUAUUAAGAUUAUUUUUGUUAAAUACAGUGUUUUUAGUAGUUUGGAACAUGAUUUCACAAUCAGCCGUGUUUUUUAGUUGGAAGUUUCUAGCUGAUGAUUUUUGACUUUGUAUUUUUGCAUCGUGAUGUUCUAGAAACCAUUACCUCCCUGGCCAGCCCGCGCCGGCCCCGUUCCUGAACACUCUGAAGCACUUUUCCUCUCUGCCAUACGUGUCAUUUCGCACUGCACUCGGAGUGUUCAUGAACAGUGGCGCGGGCGGGCUGGCCACGCGCUCUGCAAACCACAAGCGCCGUGCUCCUGCCACGGCUCCAGCAGCGGCUGCGGAGCUCCGGAUUCCUGCGGCGGGGUCCUCCCAGCGUGCAGUCGGCUGCAGACCACGGCGAAAGUCCCGCCUGAGCGGCUGGAGCUGUGCAAACCGUACAGGCAGCGAUGGAGAUGGGUAUGUGUCUCUUGUAAGGUGCAUCGGGUCGGAUAAGGAGACGUGUGUGUCUGAUGAGAUGUCUUCUCCACCUUGCAGACUCCUUGCUAACGCAGUAGAGUAGCUCUAGGACAUGCUAGUACACAAUGAUUGAGAAACUGGAGUCCUCAUUUUUUUUUAUCCCUUGUACAUUUCACAUACAUGAAAAUUGAAAAAGGUGAAAUUUAUGAGGAAAAUCUAAUUUCCCAUUCCUGUUGAAUGGAUUUAGUUUGAUAUUGACCUGAUUUUACCAUGUGCCUGUUGAAGGCCUUAGAGUAUAUACUGUAUGUUAAAGACUGUAAUAACAUUAAAAAAAAAAAUAGUUGAUAGCCUAAUCCAAAUGUAAAUAUAGCUACAACACAUUGUUACUAGGCUACAACGCAUUAAUUCAUGUCAUAUAUUUUCAUUUCUUUACCAUUAGUUUUUAAGGUUUUCAUUAUUGCUUUUUUGAUAUCUUUAGUAACUAAUGAAUUUAAUUUUGAAGGAGAGUUAGAGAAAGUUUAAAAUUUUUACUACAUGUAUUCAACCCAUUUAGUUAUAUUCUAAACCAACACUGAAGCAUGGUAAGGUAUAGAAUACAGUCCAUAACUAGUUUGUAUAGUUUACAGUUUAAGAACAAAAUUAACUUUGUAUGUAACUCCUACAAUGAUAGAUUCAUUGUUAACUAAUUAUAUUAAGUUGUUGUUGCUAUGGCAACAAAACUACAACAUGGCUACCUUUGUAUACAUUAUUUGUGAAAUUUUCACAUGUAAAUUAAAAGUGAUGUGUAACAGUAUGAGCUUGUUAAAGGUACAGUUCGAUACUGUCAGAUAAAGAUAUGAUUGAAUAUUUUUAAAAUCCCAAAGUCCCAUGUGAACGCUGAAUUUGUGUCUUUAUGUCACUUUUUCAGUCAAGAAGUUUACAACACAUGGAUUUAGAGUCAGGUUUUAUAGCUUGUAGAAAUUGUUGUGUGGCAAGGGUUAUUCCACAGUAUUUUAACUUUGAAAACACGACAGCCUGUAUUUACGACAUAGUGACUGGUCUUUCUUUCAUUUCAUGUUCACCUGCAUUGUGGGAAUUCAGAAUUAAUCCGUUUCAGUACUGUAGCUCUGCUUGCAAUUUUGGUUUGUUUUGUUUUCCUGAAAUUGAACACUCACAUGAUUAUGUUACGAUCAGGGCUAAAUAAUUAAACGUGUAACUAUUUUAAUACUAAUUUAUAUUAGCAAAAACUGUACAUAAGAAAAAAUAUUGUGGAAUGACCCUGUAACAGUGUUGAAGAUACAAAUAUGCUGCAGUUAAACUGAUUCAGUUAGUGUACGAAUGUGUGAGACACACCUUUUUUGCACUUAUGUACAUAGUCCACGAAAGAAAUCCUUGGAACUUAUUUUGAAUAUAAAAAGUCUGUAAUAAUACAGGAAAAGUUUGUAAAAGAGAUAGGUAUUACUAAGGCUUUGAAAAGGAGGAGUUUUUUGCUAUAAAACUUAUCUGAAAGCAUGAUGUUGCUUUGCUGUUGUAAAAGCUUUGUAGUUUGCCAUAGCUUAUUAUACAGCAGACUGAUAACAGGUCAGCUCCAACCUGCAGCACAGAGAAAUGGGAAACAGUGCUUAAUUAAUUAGUAAGGUCACUAGCAAAGAUUUUUUUAAUCAGCCUACAUUUUCAAACACACCCUAGGUCAUGUUUCUGAUGCUUUGUAUUCUCGGUGAAUCCUAUUAGGACUGAUAAGUCAGUGACAGCAUACACACGUUUUUCCUAGCACCUAAUCCUAUUUCUAGCUGGAAGUGUUUAUCUCUUAUAGGUGGCUGUCAUUGCAGCAAGUGUUUUAAAUCCCAGAGGGAGUUUGAACUGGUGCAGCAUGCUGGUUUGUUGUUUGUUUUGGUUGUUUUGUAUUUGCUGAUUUUUUUUUUCCUUUUUCUAAACCUUUUGGGGCAAGCUAACCAAAUUGAAGUGACCAGUGAGCAGUGGAGGAGCUGUUUCAUAUUGUCCUGGGAUAGUUUUCUCCUGCUGUACCCCUUCCUUAGUGUUCAUCUGAGAGAGCCAAAGGUCCUGGUCAGACAGCAGUGCUGCACAGUGCUGCCUGCCACGAGGAAGCAGUUAGAUGGAUGCUGGGCAGGGAAGUGAAUGCUAAUCGUGGCAGUGUGGCCAGCUUGGUUCUUCUGGCUGGGUUUAACAGGCCCUAUUGUCUUGCCAUCCAAAGGGAGUGCAACCAUCCCACCCAGCCUCCUGAGCAGCAGCACAGUGCUCCUCAAGCAUCUUCUGGGUAGAAUGGGGCUGCCCGGUGGCUGAGGGCUGCAUGGCUCUGGAACUUAUCUCCCUGUAUUUGGUCACAGUUUAACAGAGAGAACUGGCACUUCCAGGAGGACCUGGCUGUGCAUUCCCUGUCCAGCCAAGGCUGCCCCUGGUUCUUUGGAGCUGUCAGGCUGCCCUCUGUACAGCACGAAGCAGCCCACAGCCAAGUGUCAGGAAUCCCAAGCAAAGACCUGUGCCCUUACUAGCCAGGAGAUGCUCUCAUAUGCGGAGCUGGUUGUCCUUUUGUUCACUGCUAAGCGUGUUGCUUUCCUUAAUGAAAUGUUAGUCGUAACAGAGAAAACAGAAGAUGAAUGGUGUAAAAUAUCCUUCCCCUGCAGCAGAUUCCUAAUUCCCAGCAGCCCUGGGUCCCUGGGCUCUCUUGAUUCCCUUCCCACUCCAGCUCUGUUGGUUGUACUGGCAAUUCUCUGCAGUACUGAGUGUUUUUUGGAAAAGCUAGAGGGCCUGUACUGACCCACUUAGUUUUUGGUUGGAAACAGUUGUGGGUUUUGUUUGUUUGUUUGAUUUUCAAAAUGCAAACCUCAGAUUCGCUUUGGUAAGGUUGCUGGUUUUGCCACAAGGCUGGUCCCAGCUCAGCCUGCUGAGCUGAACACCCAGAACAGUGCCAGUGGGUGGUGGCACCCAGUGUCUCUGGCUGCCUUUCCUGCCCAUCCCAGGGCUGGGGGCUGUUGUGUUGCUGCCAGGUAACUGCUCUUCAGCCACCGCUGCUGGUGGCUGUCUUAGAGAUUGCUCUCUUGACAUCGUUGACAAAUGUCCCCUACCCAGACUGUAUUUCACCACGUGGUUUGUUUAAACAGGUGGUUUGAUGAAUCAGAACCUGAGCAUCAUGUGGUCCCAGUGUCUUUAAAGCAGCGGGAAAAAAAAAUCAGAUGUCUCUUUGUGGGCGUUACAAUAACCUAGAUUUUAGUAUGAAAUAAUCAGCAAAUUCUAGUCACCGUGCUAUUAAGGCUUCCCUUUGCUGUAAUCAAUUUUAUAAUCAAGCUCUUACUCAUUUCUAAGAUUGAGAGAAACAUAUUUUGCACUAUGCGAAAUGAAUCGUAGCUGGUAAAACUUCCUUGGGAUAUGAGUAUGAUCAUGACAACACUGCUAAAAUCUUUGCUAGUGAUCUUUACUGACAUCUCUAUCAUCAAAAAUAACUCUAUAUGCCUCUCAAAUGGGAUAUUUAAACAUGCAAAAUAACACAACUAUUAAAUAAAAUGAAGUUAUUCUUUCCAAACACACAACAGAGAGAAUUACCUGACACCGAAUUACAAGGUUCCAGUUCUUUAUUACUGUACACAGAUGCUAUUUGAUAGUGGUGGAAGCCAAAUGAUUUUGUUGCCAUGGCUUUUGUAUCCUAGCAGAUGAGGGGAUGAUAAGACCAUUCUUAGAUUGGAUUAUGGGAUUUUUUUUCUUUACAAUUAGCUUUCUUUCAAUUAUAUUUAUAUUUUAAAUCAUGAAAAUGAAACUAAACUCCCCAUGCUCCGUAUUAUAUCACCUGACAACAGAUCACUUUUUUUUUUUAAUAGAGAAUUGUAUUUUAGGCAAUCAAAUCAAACAGAGAAUGUUCUAAAUUGUCAAUUUUUUAAUUUAAAUAUAUAAAAACACUUAUACUGUACUGUGUAAAGUAGAUAUUUGAAGCACAUUCUUCUUUUCAUAGGCAUUUCUGGUAAAACAAAGUAAGGGAAACAUUAGGAAUCAAUUUAAUGGUAUAGUUUAGAAUAUAUACAAACAAUUACAGUUAGCCCUGUGGAAUUGUAAGAAAUUAAAAUAUCAUCAGAUUCAGACAGGCAUAGGCUAAUGCAAUAUUUCAGUUCCAUAACACAAUAGUUCAUUCCCUCAACUGCUACCAACAGGGUGUACGCUUUGAAUUUAUUUUUCUUUUUGCCACGUUAUAUUGCUGUAGUGCUUGUACGUGCUUUAGAAAUGUGCAUAAUGCUACUCAUUUUAGUAUGUUACUUCUAUAUUGUUAUUGUUUAUUUUUUGAUCUUUUAAUAAAGUGUAUAAAAUUCUUGGUUAUGUUUUUUAUGGAUCCAUAUCUACACAUUAAUAGGAGUUUACUUUAAGAACUUUUCAAGUUCCAGUUUAUUAGUCCCAAUCUUUAAAGGUUCUGAUGUAAAAAUAAUAACUAAUGAAUUUGAUUCAAUGUUAUAUCUAAAGUGUAGAAGAACAGAAUAAAUUUCUUUCCAGAAAAUACUUUCAGUAUUUUGAAUUCUGUAGCCAGUGCCUCCUCUUUAUUGGAUGCAUUAGGCCUAUCAUAUUAAAGUUACUAACACAAGAAAGAAAUUUGUAUUUUAGAAAAAUAAAAGUAAAACUUUCCAGA